AUGUCAUCGGACGAAAGACACGCUAUGCAAACACUUCGGAAAACCAUAUCAUUAUACGACAACCGCUAUCAACUUGGACUUCUGUGGAAACCAAAUGCAAAUUUUCCCAACAACUAUAAAGCAGCAAUUGCCCAAUACAACCGGAUGAAAAUACAACUUAACAAGAAUUCAGAAAAGUUGGCUCUCUACCCGAAUACAAUUGACCAGGAUCUCAGCAAGCACUACAUACGGAAAUUAGAGCCAGACGAAAUAACUUCGACAGGAUGGAUUUUACCUGAACAUGGCGUAAUCAACCCAAACAAGCCAGGAAAACUUCGCCGUGUUUCCAAUGCCAAAUCCAAAUUUAAAGGAGUUUGUCUGAAUGAUAUGCUUUUCACUGGACCUGACUUGCUCUGCAAUCUACUAGGAGUAAUUACCCGAUUUCGCAAAGGAAAGCAUCCUAUCACUGCCGAUAUUGAAGGGAUGUAUAUGCAGGUUUCUGUUAACCCCGAAGACAGAAAAUUUUUUCGUUUCCUCUGGGGAGCGGAAGAACCCAAAUUUUUUGAGUACACCCGAUUCGUCUUUGGAGCCAAAUGUUCUCCUACUUGUGCAAUUUACGCAUUAAGAACUUGCGCAGAUGACAAUGCUGAAAGCCAUCCCCACAUCAAAAAACUUGUCUACGAGAACUACUACAUGGACGACUUCUUCGAAGCCACCGACGACAUCGAAACCGCAGUGAAAAUCAUAGAAGACCUUCGACACGUACUACAACAAGGAAGCUUCAACCUGACGAAGUGGAUCACUACGGAUCAUAAAAUUCUGCAAACAAUACCAGAGGAACAUAGAUCCAUCACUAUAGACGAAAUCAAGGACCCCAAAAACUUCAAGCGAAUUCUCGGAAUACGAUGGAGAGUAGGUAACGAUACACUCAGCUUCACUACUGACGAUCUCGCCCAGAAGAAACCUACACAACGGAACCUACUUCGCGUAGCUUCCUCAAUCUUUGACCCAAUUGGAAUAGCAGCACCUAUUACGAUUCGACUACGAAUAAUCCAUCAAGCAAUUUGGAGAAAAGGAAUGAAGUGGGACGACCAAAUUACACGAGAAAUGAUACCUGAACUGUUCGAGCUUCUCGACGAGAGAAACGAUCUACAGACAGUUGAAAUACCCCGACACUAUUUUGGAUACAGCUACGACAACAUCGCUCUUCAUGUUUUUUCAGAUGCCUCCUACAGCGCCCUUGCAGCAGUCGCUUAUUUUGUAUACAGAAACAGUGCUACUCGGCAAAUCUGCAGCGCCUUUGUUCUAGGAAAAGCUCGAGUGGCUCCUCUAAAACAACAAACAAUAACUAAAUUGGAACUACAAGCCGCAGUUUUUGGUGCUCGCCUCGCAAAGUUCAUUCGCAGAGAACAAAGGAUUGACAUCAACUCUACGCAUAUGUGGACAGACAGCACAACAGCGCUUCAAUGGAUACAGUGA